CACAUCCGCUUGGGUCAUCAAGGCCUGGAAUGAAUUGAAAGACCGUAUUUUUGUACCUGACUCAACACUAAUUACCUUGUAUUUUUAUAGUAACCGGGAAGUUGUCCUCUCUUUUUAGCUUAUGAUUUUGUAGGAAUACGUGGACUUAUCUACUGCACUACAAUGGUCACUCCACUUCCGCCCGCCAUCACACCCUGCGGAGUCAGACCUGUCGUGGCCAACACUCCAAGCAACAUUGGCCUCAGCCUGUGACAGCUACACUGCUCAGAUGGCUGUUACAGCUUCAUCCAACCCUUUCAGACGUGUGCUGGCCAUCCUGUACCUACUCCAUGCUAUGAUGCCUUGCUGCAACUGCAACUGUGGGAGAGGAGAUUACCAUGGUGACAGCAGAGUUAGAAUCGUAUGUGGCCGCGAGUCGUACCUCGAAAACGCAAUGGUACGUGUGACAUGUGAAGGGGAUGACAUAAAGAUGUUUGCCAGUUACAGUGGUUGCACUUGGCGAGGGGCGCAAAUGGGCCUAUAUUUCUCUUACCAGCACUCCAUUUGCACCCUGAAAGAUAUCAACACCUGCGAAUCGAAGGCUGCAGCAGAUAAAGUCUUUAGCUGCGAACGAGAUGGUGACAAACGGAAAUUUCAUUGCGAUUUCAAAGCAAUUCAGGAGAUCAACAAUGUUGAACUUUACUGUCAUAGAUUGCAAGAAAGCUGACAAUAAUCUGGGGAUCUGUACCAAGCCUUGUGGCUCUCUGAAAGUAUUGGUACCAGCAACUGCAUCACCACCAACUGCAGCACCACCAGGUGCAUCAACACCACCAGGUGCAGCAACACCACCAGGUGCAGCAACACCACCAGGUGCAGCAGCACCUCCACCAGAGAAAGAAUUUCCCAUAUGGGCGUCAGCUCUCAUUGCUACUGGCGGUGCCGGUUUGCUUGCAUGUUUGUUGUGCCUAGCGUGCGGAAAGCGUCGCAAGGCCAAGAGUCCCGGACAACAUCCAGAAGGAGGAGCUACGGGAAAUCCAGAAGGUGGAGAAGAAGCUAAAGGAGACGAGGAAGAGAGUAGCGAAACAAAGAGCUCAGAAAGUACCGAAGUAUAGAUAAGGAAACAAAUAAAUCUUCCCAAGUCACAGACCACUAUAACCCGUCGUCACCAUUUCCAAACCCUCUGGUUGCCAAUAGAAACAACUAGUCGCCAAGAAGAAAUCUUUCUCCCAAGUCUUUUUAAUCAGUUGCGAUGCCACUGGGUGGUUGAGUGUCAGAACAACCAUAAGAAGCAGCAGAAGGUGGAGAUGAAGCACCAGCGGCGGAGUGAAGAACCGGAUUUCUAACGAAACAUCGCAACAAACGCUGGGACCACCAGUGAGGUAGCAACUCCAUCAGCACACCAGAACAGAACUUCUGAUUCUAAUUACUGAUUUGUUUAUACGUACACUUGAUUACGACUUACCAGCAGGUCGUAAGAGGAUGAUAGUACAGGCAACAACAAAAUCUAGUGUGUAUACAUCAAAGGGCAGGUCUCAGCGAUGUCUGUAUUGUUUAGUGAAAACAUCUGUAUUGUUUAGCCAGGGCUCAAUUAGUGUCAAAGCAUCAUUAAACUUUAGAAAGUGUGACAAGUAAUGCGGAUGAAAGAAAAUACUUUACAUAGGGUUGUAAGCAAAACAAAGUAAUCCGCCAAAGUAUGCAUUUUGUUAAAAUUGUGAAAUUCGUCAGUGUAAUCGAUGACUUUCUACAAACGUGUUGCCAGCAGGUAUGGUGUGUUCAAUCAGUAGCACCACGUGACAACCAAAACACACGUUCUCACUGUAAAUAAAGCAUGAAUAUCACAAGACAUAGUGCGGGGGAUGAGGCUCGUGAAAUAUCUAUCAAUAUCAACAUAUGGUUAUCAAUAUUUUAUUCUCUCUCAGUUUAUUUAUAUAUAUAUAUAAACCGCCAUGGGAACAUUUUUCCGACACAGUCAUAAAUUUGAUAUUACGAGUCUAUUUUUAAGAACGUAAGAUUUCUGAUUGAUUACGCCUCGGAGCUCCCCCUAUAUUUUCAAUAACUCUCAGUAUGUUCAGCUGACAUCUUGAAAGAUAAACACAUCCAGCAGCAAGA